GUUCUGUCAGUUUCUGUUUUCCCGCUGCAGGGCGGCUUGCCGUUCGUUCCUGCUGGUUGGCCUCUUUUCUCUCCGCGUCUUUCUUAGGAUACUUUGCAUUGUACUCAGAAACGAUGGGCUAUAUACCCAACCAUGCGCUAGAGAAUUUGCGGAAGUAUUCUUAUAAAGGGGUAGACAAAUCUCUUGUCUCGAUAUAUGUGCUCCAGCCGUUCUGGACUUGGUUUGUGACACUGUGGCCGACAUGGGUAGCACCGAACACUAUUACGCUGUCUGGUCUAUGCCUCGUUUUGUCCAAUGUCUUCACGCUGCUGUACUACGACCCGUUGUACUUGACGGACAAGGACGGCGCUGGGCCUCCGCAAUGGAUCUACCUCACAUGGGCUCUAGGCUUGUUUUUCUACCAGACGUUUGAUGCGAUUGAUGGGAAGCAGGCGCGGAGGACAGGCAUGGCUGGCCCCCUGGGGGAGCUGUUCGAUCAUGCAUGCGACGCAUUGAACACCACGUUGGAGGUCAUCCUGGCAUGCCGCGCGUUAAACCUUGGCCGUUCCUGGUGGACUGUCUCCUCUCAGAUUGCCACCUUGGCGAACUUCUACCUCUCCACGUGGGAGGAGUACCAUACCGGACAGCUGUUCUUGGGGCAUUUCUCCGGACCGGUUGAGGGUAUCUUGAUCAUCUGCCUGAUCUAUUUGAUUUCUGGGAUUUUCGGCCCAUCGUUCUGGGACAAGGGGCUGCUUGAUGUUACUGCACUGAAACAUAUACCAGCAAUCGCCGAUAAGAUACCAAAUUUACCUCUCAAUGACGCUUUUAUGGUCUUCGGUGCUUUUGGUUUGGCUUUCAAUAUCGCUACUAGCUAUAUCAACGUCUUCAAGUCGCGCGUGGCCACCAAGCAGAAUCCAUUCGUUCCGCUGCUGCUCCUGCUGCCAUUCCCGAUUUCGGUCGGGAUGGAGGUCUUCUGGCUGAGCGCACCGACGCUGCAACACUCGGUGAUCCUUCACUCGCCGCUGUUCCUGCCGUUCCUGCUCGCGUGGGGCCUGCAGUUCGCACAUCAGGUGUCGCGGAUCAUCCUUGCGCACGUCACGAAGCAGCCAUUCCCGUACUGGGACUCGAUGUGGAUAUGGAGCAUUGUCGGGGCGGUGGAUGCAAACUUGCCUCUGCUGAUUGACCGAGCACCUCUAAUCCAGUCAUCACCGCGCAACACGGCGAUCUUCGUCUACAUCACACUGGCGGUGUCCUUCCUCUCGUAUGCACGCUUUUGCACGUUGGUGAUUCAGGACAUCACGAACUACCUCGGUAUCGCGUGUUUCACGGUGCGCAAGAAGGACAAUGCGGGUAAGUGGGUGGAGGCGUCUGCGAUGAACGGGAAGAAAGACUGAGGAGCCCUGGAGUCUCUGUCUCGAGGCCUGGAGGAUCAUACAAAGCCUUGAUGGCCCAGAUAAGCAAUAGAAGCUACGAGCUUUGACGAAAAUGCAUGUCUAGAUCAACACUAGUGGGUAUUUAGGUAAUGAUCCAGAGACAAGAAAUAAUAUUGUUGCUGCUGCAAUCGUGCAUUUAUUCUAUGGUCGGGUCUCAGUCUGAAUACAUUUAUUAUAAAACGGCG